AUGGGGACAGUCCGGGGCAGUCAGGAGGCCUAUGUGACUUACCAGGAUAAUGUCCGAUUGGUUGGGGAGCUGGUGACCAUCACUGGGGCUGUGAUUAUCCUGCUGCUAGAGAUCCCAGACAUUUUCAGAGUUGGUGCGUCUCAGUAUUUUGGACAGACAGUCCUUGGGGGGCCAUUUCAUGUCAUCAUCAUUGCCUAUGCCUCCCUUGUGCUGGUGACCAUGGUGAUGCGGCUCACCAAUGUGAAUGGGGAGGUGGUACCCAUGUCCUUGGCCCUGGUGCUGGGCUGGUGCAGUGUCAUGUACUUCACUCGAGGAUUCCAGAUGCUGGGUCCCUUCACCAUCAUGAUCCAGAAGAUGAUAUUUGGAGACUUAAUGCGUUUCUGCUGGCUGAUGGCUAUGGUCAUUCUGGGAUUUGCCUCAGCCUUCUAUAUCAUUUUCCAGACAGAGGACCCAACUAAUCUGGGGGAAUUCUCAGACUAUCCCACGGCACUGUUCAGCACCUUUGAACUAUUCCUCACCAUCAUUGAUGCCCCUGCCAACUACAGCGUGGAUCUACCCUUCAUGUACAGCAUCACUUAUUCUGCUUUUGCCAUCAUUGCCACACUACUCAUGCUUAACCUGUUCAUUGCCAUGAUGGGCGACACUCACUGGCGAGUGGCCCAGGAGCGGGAUGAACUCUGGAGGGCCCAGGUUGUGGCCACCACAGUGAUGCUAGAGAGGAAGAUGCCCCGCUUCCUCUGGCCUCGCUCAGGGAUCUGUGGGUAUGAGUAUGGCCUGGGAGACCGCUGGUUCUUGAGAGUUGAGAACCAACAUGACCAGAAUCCUUUUCGGGUGCUUCGCUAUGUGGAAGCUUUCAAAUGCUCAGACAAGGAGGAUGGACAAGAGCAACUUUCUGAGAAACACACUUCUGUUGCUGAGAGUGGGACUCUAGCCAGAGCCUCUUUGGUCUUCCAAACACCUUCCCUGUCCAGGACGACAUCCCAAAGCAGCAGCAGUCACCGAGGUUGGGAGAUCCUUCGUCGAAAUACACUAGGACCUUUGAGUCUUGGACAGGACCUUGGUGAAGGGGAUGGAGAGGAAAUCUACCAUUUCUGAUGAGAAUCCCCAUUAUGAUUGACCU